CAGAUUUCAAGCAUGUGUUUAUUUUGCAUCUGUGUUUCAAGCUAUGUCAUGUGGUAUCCAUUACUUAGCGUCUGUGUUCAUGGCUGUUACUCCUAACUUUGUAUGUGGGAUCCCUGGAAAUGUGAGUAGUGUUCUUUUCUACAACUCCUCUGAAUCAAGUAUAGAGGACACCUGGACACUGUGGACAUCAACAGAAAAUUACAUUGUAGUCCAGCUGCAAAAUGGAGACAUUUGGGAACUUAACCAAUGCAGCAGGUCCAAACGAGAAGUCAGUUUGGAUCUGGCAUAUGAAUACAAAGGCAACAAGUCCGUAUUUUCUUGUUCUGAUGGAUUUCUUUAUGAUGAUACAAAGUGGAAGAGCACUGUUGUUACGCAGUGGGAUCUGGUCUGUGACCGAGAAUGGCUUGCAAAAUUAAUCCAGCCUACAUUCAUGCUUGGAGUCUUGAUUGGAGCGGUGAUUUUUGGUGACAUUGCUGACAGACUGGGAAGACAGCGUGUUAUGUGGUUCACAAGUGCUGGUCAGUUUGUAUUUGGCAUCGCAGUGGCCUUCACGUUUGACUACUACAGUUUCGUGAUUGUGCGCUUUCUCCUUGCUAUG